AGUGGGUUUUUUAUUUGGGAGACAUCUACUUGCAGUGACCGGCCUACAUUGACAAAGAAUAGCCUGCCACUGCCUGGACUAUGAUCAUUUUUUUCCCCCUGACUGAUCUGCUACAGGGGGGCUGGAAGCGGACGCACGGGGAGAUCAUUUAGCAAGCAACUAGAUUAAAAUACUUGGCGAAGAUUCAUUUAACGGAAUUUAAGCCCUGACCCCUUUUUUCCCUUCUUCUUCUUCUUCUUCGUCAGGGAACGAGCGCCGUUACGUCGCGAGAAGCAGCACGAGUCGGUAUCGCGACGGGGUGUUUCUUCUUCUUCUUUUCUUUUUUUUUUUUUUUUAUUAAGACAGAAACAUUAACGUGCUUCGAUAUCGACGGCGGCGAUAAUAAUAACGCGAGAGUUCGCAAGUUGCUUUCAAGACUGUAGUUGCAAACUGUCAAAAGGUGGAGUGGGAUACGCGCAUGACCUAACACACAUUACUGUAAUACUGUACACGGCCGCCGCCGCCGAGAUAAUAUCCGUAUAAAAAAAAGAAAAAAAAAGAAAAAAACACCGAAAUAAUCCCGAGGUAAGGAGCCGAGGAGUGAACCCACGGCGACCGAGAUUUUGGCGUCUUUUUUCGGGCUCGUUUUUUUUCCUUCGCUUCGUCUUCUUUCACUCUCACCAACUGUGUCGCUGCCGUCGAAAUUACUGCACUAAACAUAUUUUUGUGCCUCCCUUUAGCUCCAGCCAGCGCAAGGAUCUUUUUUUUUUUUUUUUUUUUUUUUUUUUUACUCCUCCUUCGUAAUAAAGUCGCCAUUUUGCUUCACUGCCUAUAUAAACCAUCCUGUAUUCUAAUAUUUUUCCCCCUCCGAGGAGUCGCGGACCCUACCAAUCUUUCCGGGGCUUAUUUUCUAAUAUUUCUGGAAGCGUUUGACGAGAAGACAAGAGGUUGAAGAAGUGUCCUCGUGGUUUUACAUAUUAAUGCAGGAAAGGAGGAGGAGGAGGAGGGAGGAGGAGGAGGGGGGCAAGGCUGUUGGAAACUGGGAAUAAGGUGAAAGUAUCCGGGAUUUUUCCCCUUUUUUUCAUGUACGCACGAGAUUUGUCAUUUCUCUUCUCCUGCCCGGCUCUGUGUUUUUUUUCUUCCUCUUCCACCUCGUCGUCGUCUGCAGAGAGGGUGGGUGGGUGGAGGGGGGGGAGACGCCGGACGACGGUGACGACCGUCCGCUUCCUUUCAGGCCCCCCAGCCCCUUGUGUGGCCGGUCCUUGACGCACGGCAGGUGUGAUUUGCCAUGUAACGUAACAUUGGUGGAGAAAAACGCCCACUUUUAGGUGCCUGUCUCCUGACCCCCACCUCCUCCUCCCUCCUCACGUGGGUGACCCGGGGCCACCCGGCCCCUGGUGCUGGGUGACUGCCCGACAGUUCAGCUGCCGUCGCAGGCAUGGAGAGCCCAAGUGGCCCCAGGCUCGGGAAGCUGUCCUCGUCAGGGCUGCCAAGGGGCCGGACCCCCAAGCAUGGACAUCCUCAGGAGUCUGUCAGAACCGCACCGGGCCCAGAGAACAACAACAGACACAGUCCGGUAUGUGAUGAGCCAGCAGAGGGGAAGAGGAAAGGUCGUCCCAAAGCAGAAGUGCAGGAACUAAGAAGCAUCCCUGCCCAUAUGAUAGUACAAUGGAAGGAAGAGUUUAAGCGUCGCACCAGGGUUAAGUGUCCGUGUUCAGGCUGCUGGUUAGAGUUUCCCAGCAUCUAUGGCCUCAAGUACCACUAUCAACGUUGCCAGGGGGCCCCCAUAGCUGAAAAGCUGAGUCACGGCUGCCCCUACUGCGAGGCAGUGUUUGCCACAAAGGUGCGCCUGCAGAAGCACAAGCUCUGGAACCACCCAGACAGGGUCAGUGUGGAGCCCAAGGACGAGCAGUCUAAGCUUCAAAAGAGCCCCAUCAAGUUCAACACCAAGAAAAGGCCCAUGGAGAACAGUUCUCCCUCUCCGGUGUUCUUCAAAGUGAAAAAGACCCACGAGGUGUCCACGCCCUCUCAGAAUGGGGAGCUGGCCCACCAGAGGAGUGAGAGGAAACAGCACAGCCACAGCCAGCCUUCACAGCAGAUUCACCAGUCGCAGCCGGUCCAGUCUCAGUCCCAGCAGUCGCAGUCCCACAGCACGUCGUCAGAUGCGGGCGGCAGCGAGAGCGAGGGGGGCAGCCUUCCCCCUCCAUACCCUGACGAAGACCCGGAGCGAAUGAGGCACAGACGGAAGCAGAAAACGCCUAAGAAAUUCACGGGAGAGCAGCCCUCUAUAUCUGGAACAUUUGGACUGAAAGGUAUGACUAAGGUGGAGGAGAAGCUGAAGGCAGGCCGCGCGAAGAGACCGGAGGGGAGCGCGUUUAGCGAGGAGCCCCAGAGAAGACCUACGCCGAGUCAGUCGUCGAAGAAAGACCCAGCCACAACGAGCUCUGGUGCUGUUCCUGACACUCAAUGGCAGCGAGCGAUCUCAGAGCGAGGUGAAGUGGUGUGUCCAACCUGCUCCAUCGUCACCCGGAAAACAAUCCACGGCCUCAAGAAACACAUGGAGAUUUGCCAGAAGCUCCAGGAUGCUCUGAAGUGCCAGCAGUGCCACAAACAAUUUAGGUCCAAGGCCGGCCUCAACUACCACACCAUGGCUGAACACAGCACCAAGCCCUCGGGGAGCGAAGGCCAGACGGGCGACACGCACAAGGAGAGAGAAAGGCUGCGCCUAGUGCUCAAACAGAUGGGACGAAUCAAGUGUCCUACUGAGGGCUGUUCAGCCCACUUUUCCAGUCUGAUGGGCUACCAGUAUCACCAGAAACGUUGUGGGGGAGAGUUCUCUGACGAUGAGAAGCCUGUGUUUCUGUGCCAGCGCUGUGGAAAAACCUACCGCUCCAAGGCCGGCAGAGACUAUCAUGUGCGCACCGAACACUCCCCAACUGUUACAACCACCAUGACAGCCACGACCAACAACAACAAGGACAAUAUCACUGACACCAACAACAACACCGGCAAAGAGAGGAUUGUCUCUGAGGAACUUCCAUCAGGAGGCAAGAAGGAGCAAAGCCAGCCUGAGAAGAAGGACUGGCAGGAGAAAGCACCAUCCGUCCAGCUCAAGGAGAAAGAAAGAGAAGCCAGGGACAAUGACAGGGAAAAGGAGAAGGAGAGGGGGCGAGGCAAAGAAAAAGCAGCACAGAACCAGAGCCAGGGGGAUGACUUUGAACGAACCCCCAGUGGCAGAGUGAGGCGCCGGUCAGCUCAGGUGGCGGUGUUCCACCUGCAGGAGAUAGCCGAGGAUGAGCUGGCUAAAGAUUGGGGCACCAAGCGCCGCAUCAAGGAUGACCUGGUGCCUGAUAGCAAGAGGUUAAACUACACCCGACCUGGUCUCCCCAACUUCAGCCCAGAGCUAUUAGAGACGUGGAAGAACCAAGUCAAGGAGAAGGGCUUCAUCUGCUGCACCAAUGAAAACUGUGAAGCUGUGUAUUCCAGUGUAUCAGGACUGAAAGCUCACCUCGCCAACUGCAGCCAGGGUGGUGGAGAACUGGGGAAGUACAAGUGUCUGAUCUGUCAGAAGGAGUUCAGCUCGGAGAGCGGUGUGAAGUACCACAUCAGCAAGACACACUCACAGAACUGGUUUCGUGCAGCAGCCAGUCAGGUGGUCUCCAGUAGCAAGAGUAAAGUACCGGAGAACAAUGGGAUCAAAGCCGAGGUGAGGAAUGGUGCCACAACUGGUAAGAAAAGGGGCCGCAAGCCCAAAGAGCGCCCUCCUGUGGCGGCCCCCCUCCAAACAAAAACUGAAGCACCCACCACCACUCAAAACUCAACCCCUGCUGCGAGCCCUUCCUCGGGCCCAACACAGUCCCCAAACCUGAUCCCCGACCCAACGGACAGUGCUAAUUCAGCCCAAAACAGACAGCCCACAUCCUCCGCCGCUAGAAGAAGCAAACCCAAGAGGCUGUUGUUGUCAGAGUAGCUCUACAUUUGUCGACCCAGGAGCCACAGAGGAUGCUUACUGUAAAUGUUGCGCCAGGAAGCUAAAGGACCUUUCUAACUCAACAUGAGGACUUGGCACUGAGAAGAAAGAUGAAUCAACCAUUAGGAAGUAAAACUUUUACUAGAGACUUCAACCUUGGUUUGAACCCCCCCAGAGUUGACAUGUCUACUGUUAUUAACAAUACUCAUGUGACAGUAGUGUUUUAUUUCUCCAUUCCACUUUUUGUCCCCCUUUUAAGGCACACGUUUCAGCUUCUGUACUCACAGCAGGGGUGUCAGUGGUCAGCCCGGAUGAAAUCCUGACUUCCAUGUGGAUAGCGUUUUUUGUUUGUUUUUUUUUGUUAUUCCAAACAAAUCCAGAGUAAUUCUCUCUACAAGAUUCAUGUUGUGUUUAAGAGGUUUGAAAAAGGAUAUUCUAUUAGCAUGGUGAAGUCAUUUAAUGAUAGCUAGUGUUUUCACAUUUUUUUUUCACAGAUAUACUGUACUGUGUACAUAAACAUUAUCAAUAUCUAUAUAUCUAUAUACUCAAAGCAAUGAUGCCAUCUGUCAUUUUCAAGCCUGACACGUCCAAUAAGAUCAUGAGCAAUCACAAUUUUUGCAGUGUGUUGUAGUGUGCAAUGUUUUCAAAGUUGAUUUUUUAAAUUUCUUUCCAGUUUUACUUUUAGUCCUUGUUUUCGUUUUUUUUUCCUUUCAUGUUUCAAGUUGGCAAAUGUCAUAUAAGCUAAAAUGUUGGUCAGUCAUUAACCAUAUCUCACUCUGUUUUUCAUACAGCUGUGUGGCUAUCAUUUCAGAGACAUUUGUUUGUUUGUUUUUUAAUUUUAAUCCCAAUCACACAAGGAUGAAAGGUGUCUGCUUUGAUGACCCAAAUUAAGUGUCAAAUGAUUAUUUUCCACAGUUCUUUUACACUGAAGUUAAUAAGCAGAAUGACCCAAAAAAGUGAUUGUUUGAGAUUUAAGUUAGUCACAAUAACACUUGAGAUGGCAUUGUUUAAUUGAUUUUAAACACUCGACAAAAAGAAAAACUUGAAGUAUCCUGUCUAAAAUAGGACUGGAAAAGCUAAAUGUUGGACAGAAGGAUGAAUUUUGUGUGAAGCUUGUUGCACCAUUGCAGCACAAUCAAAUGAUGUGACACCAUUUUAAAAAGAGGCCGUAUUUUGGCUACUGCUUUAGCUUGAAUCAAAGAGCUGAGGAGAGAAUAAAAAAUACUAUCUUUUAUAGAGAGGUUGAGGAAAAUGAUCUUUUAUUAAACAGAAAAAAAAAAUUGCAAAUGAAGAUUCACUUAUAAUGAUGUAUAUGAAUAAAUUCCUGGAUGCUCAAAGUUAUUGCCUUGCACUUUAACCCUUAACCCCUCUCGCUCCCCUCUUGUAUUUUUGCACUCCUAACCUACUGUCUGUUAGGCUACAGGAGCGGGAAUAUUUUACUGAGACUAGAGGAAAAAAUAAACUUUUAAUUUGUCUUUACAUGGGUAAUGAGCAGCAUGGUUAACUCUUUCUAGAUAGUUUGUGUAAUCCAACCUGACCGUAUAAUUAUGACUCACCACAUAAAGCCAUAACAGGUCUUGUUGAGGCUGCUCUAAUGUUAGUUUAGCUUCAGAUUAAAAAAAAAAAUCAAAACAAACAACAAUAAUCCAAUAUUAUUACACAUCUUUUCAAAUCUAAAAUGUGUGCAAUCAGAAUAUUUUCACUUUAACACAUUUAAAGUAGAUACUUGAAUCCACAAUUAUAUAUUAAUGAUUUGAGCUAAUGAAAAAAAAAAACAUAAAUAUUUGAUUUAUAUUUGCAGUCUAUGUCCAUAAAAGUACAGACUAGCUUGCUUAAGAAAAAAAAGACAGAUCAUAAAUCUAUUUUAUAUUCUCUUAUGUGUAUUACCUAGAUAGCAAUCUGAUAGCUUUGGAUAAAGUUGUGAUGUGAGGAUAUUCUGGUGAGAUAAUAAGGGUGCUUUACUUGCCACUCUACCUUAAGGACCUGAUACAUCAGUGGGUCCGUUUAAUCCAUCCUGCCAUUUCCUCCUUUUUCUGGCAAGUCCUCUGAAUUUUUUGCACCAACAAAAUGUCAAUGUCAUCAUUUUGAAUCAAGCACUGAUGUCAGCGGAACAUUUUCAAGGAAAUUUGAAGUUUAUGUGUCCCAGGUGGUGUCAUCCCUGCGCCGUGACCUUUUAUAUUGUAAAGCAAAGAUUUGAGCUGAAUUCCUCCGUCAUUAAUCAGCUGAUGGAGUUUAUUCAGGUGGGGAUGAUUAUGCAUGUGUCUGUCUCUGUUAACGGGAUGGACCUUUAUCUAUCCAGGUUAAACUGAUGGAGAUAAGUUAGACAAGCACUGAUCGGUCCUCGGACCUUUUCAAUAUGAGUUGUCCGGACCUUGUGUGUGUGUGUGUGUGCGUGCGUGUGUGUCUGUCUGUGCGCGUGUGUGUAUAAAACAGUUAGCACCUUUGUAAUGACUGGAUGUCAGAAAUGGUAACACUUUACGUUGAGUGUUAUGCUGUGGCACAGAAUCAGUUCAUCAGCUGCUUGUUACUCGUUUCAUUAAUAACGUCACAUUGACCGUGUUUACCUGACAAGCUUUGGUGUUGCAAUAUGAUAGUUAGGCACUGCUUUUAACAGUGGGUAUUUUAUAUUUUAUCACACCCUUUACUAUCUGUCUUCCUACGAUGUGGACAACACAUAUCUAUCCCGCAGUGUGAGCUAACUGCAACAUGUUUAGAGAGUACAGCAAUACACCAUAUUUAGCUGGUUUUGUUGGCUUGCUGAUAUUUUGAUAUUGAUGUGUCUUCUCAAAAUUGUAUGGCUUUUUUCACUCCCCCUUCUUUUAUUUGUUGCUUUAAAAAAAUGCUUUUUACAUAUUAUGAAAUCUAAAACAAAUAAAAAAAAAGGUUGAAGAAUUUGUAGACCACAGGAGAACAUUGUAGGCCUAUGUGUCGGCAUACACUGUUAUUUUAUCCAUUUUGAUGAUGCACAUAAAUUGAGCUUUUUCAGUACACGAUGACAAACACAUUGAGAGAGUCCUUUAUUAUUACCUACUCAAUAUGGGACAACAAGGCAUAUGUAUGUGUGUUUGUUUCUGUAUUUAGUGCACUUACUAUACCAUGAAAUAGGCUUGAAUUAGGAGUGUCGUUGGAGCUUUCUAGUUACCCUGACUGUGUGUGGUGUGACUUUUGUACCUGGGGAAACAGCAGGCUCAAGUGUCUUCCCUUUGUCAGCAAUGUUAUUUCCAAAACCCAAGGUUAAUCCUUGGAAAAUCCCCAUUAGACAGCCUGAGAAUUUAACCUUUUUAUUUGGACAACAGUGGUUGGGUUUGUAUGCUACCUACUUCAAAAGCAGGAAAAUGGCAUCCGCCCCUGUUGUCAGGGCCAUCGUGAUGAAACUGUUGAGAGUUUUAAGAGAUGAUGUUGUAGCUUAUAACUGGUUAUGAUAUAUAGGUAACAGGUGACUAAUGAUGUAUUAAAGAUUUCCAUAUCUGAAAUUAAGCUGUAUAGAACCUAACAUAGGAGGCCUCAACACCUCCUUUGAGUCUGAACUGUUACAGUUUUUCUCCCAAACUUGUUGUAUUACCUGUGCAUUAGUAUCCCUCAACUAAUUAAUAAAAAGUUUGUUGACUAA